UGUUUCUGUGUUAUGCCAAGAAACUACAAACACGCCGUGCGGCCACAGUAUUCCUCCAUUUUUCUACCAGAUCAGCUGCAGACUGGUCGGAGAAGUUCUGGAUGGUCGUAGUUAUGUUGUCUCGAACUUGGAUAUGUUUGCUGGGUCUGGCGUUGCUCCAGCUCACGACGGUGGAGUCAUGCCGGUUCGUGGUCAGCGCUCCGAAUGUGUUCCGUGUACCGUCGGACAACGCCGUCAAUGUUUACAUCACGGGCGCUAAUGGCGCCGUGCAGGUUCGACUUAGUUUCACGGAACUGGCGGGGUUCUCCGUGACAUCUAGCAUCCAAGCCAAUACAAAAAGCGCCACGUCCAUGAAUGUCGGUCUCACGUACGACAACACACAGGCACUGGAGAAGCAGGAUAACAAUGCAACGCUGGUUGCACAUCUGUCUGGUGGCGGUUGCAACAAUAUCGAGAGGACAGUGAAGGUGAUCAUCACGUUCCGUGCCUGCAUGGUGCUGAUCCAGACCGAUAAACCCCUGUACACACCGGAUGACCCACUCGCUCACAUCCGCAUAUACCCGCUACGCCCGAAUAGUCGUCCUCUGGAUGAAGAUGUCCGCUGCUAUAUCAUGGAUGACCAAGAUGUAAUCCUUGAUGACUUUGGAGGACCCGUUGAACCUGUCAGAACUGAUGGUAAUGGAAGGGAGAUCCGCGGUAUGGCGAUUCGAACGUUUGCUCUUCGUUCUAUCUACCCACUGCCUGGCAUGUAUAAGAUCUCUUGCUUCUGUGGACUGCGAUUCUCCAGUGAAUUCUCCUCAGCUUUCCAAGUGGAUGAGUAUGUUCUGCCACAGUACAGUGCCACUAUUGUUGAUGCUGAUCAAUGUGUGACGAAGGAUCAGCAGACCGUGAGGGUUACCAUCAGAGCACAAUACACAUUUGGACGGGUGCUAUUGCAAGGACGCGCUACCAUUCGCAUAGGAAUAGUUGGACGCACUGACAUCCCAGAGAGUGUGAAUCGAUACGAUGUGGAGAGUGGGGGCGAGGACAGUUUUGACGUGGCUUUGCCAAUCUUCCCAGAUGGCAAUAGCCCCCAGAAUGGCGACGCAGUGUACAUCAAAUUGCAAGUGACUGAGGCCGGCAGCGAUAAUGCUGCGGAAGACAUCUGGACGAAGACCAAGUAUGCAGAGGAAAGCAUUAUCCCGCGGCUGGAGGAUGUGCCGACCUAUUUUCUACCCGGGGGUGCAAUUAGCUUUAAGAUAUGUAGUCAGACGUGUGCUGGUGACCCACGCAGUGGUGACGAUGUGAUAACGACAGUGUUGAAGACCGGCGGCCCUGGAGGCCAGGAGGUGAAGCGUGGGGUCACCGACGAAGCCCGAGGUGGAUGCUCACCAGUGUCUGUUUCCAUUCCACUUGACACAACUAAGGUCACUCUUGAGGGAAGAAUCGACAUGGACAACGCUCAGGCUGUGGACACGCGAGUGAUCAAUCCGUCCACUCCUUGCUCGGGAAACAUCAAAGCCACGCUGCGUCGCACAGACGGGCUGCCUACAGUCUCAAUUGGACAGAGAGUCGUCAUACAAAUGGAUGUCACUGGGAUCAACAGCCAAUCGGUAGUCAUAUUUCAGCUAACAUCGGUACUGGGCACAGUCAAGGUGAUCACGAAGGAGCAGGCCCUCAAUCAACCUGUUAUUGUUGAUUUCGAUGUCACCGCUGACAUGUCACCCGUACUAACGGUUGUGGCAUAUGUGUAUACUGUAGCCAACGGUGGUGAGUGUGUCGUUGCUACUUUGACCAUUGCCAUCGAAUUUGCCUUCCCGAAUCCUGUAAGGUUGUCCGUGAACCAUGGUGGCCUGCUGGAUUUGCGAGAGCUUGGCAGAAAUACCAAUGCUUACCAGUCGCUCUUCCAAGGCGAGGCUACGCCUGGCAGUACAGUGCGCUUUAUGGCUGUUGACGAAGCUCUGAUGAUCCUGAAGCGAGAUGCCGGACUGCCCGAUACCUUCACGCCAGAAGUGAUCCAGGAGUACAUCUCCAGCUUCUCGCCGGUUUGUCAUGGAAGCCAUGGAAAUUCGGCGGCCGAUAUGUUCCUGAACUCUGGAAUUGCGCUUGCCUCCAAUGUUCUGCGGUCAGAAUCGCGAAGCCACCUGGAAUGCCAAGUUCUGGAUAAGGACGGUCAGCGUAGGAGGCGUCAGAUUGGGGAGGAGACAUCGCUGCGGCCCACCCGUCGCUUUGAGUGUUGGAUGAAGCCUUGCACUCGUCUUCUGGAGAGAGAUAUCCGGCUGUACUGUGCAGAAAACCAACAUCAGACACUUGAUGGGAGCUGUCAGGAGACUGCGAAAGAGGCACUGGGAUAUCGAUGCACCGAUGAUGGGUACUUUGAAUCAGAGAUGUCGAACAGCACCCACUCGUGGUGUGUCAAUGCCAUUGGUGGACAAAUUCCGGACACAGUUGUAUCUGGACCACCCCUGGACUACAUGUGUUGGGAUUACGAUGAGUGUCGCUUCUAUGAUGUAUUUUCGCCGCCUCUUGACUGUGAUCUGACUUGUGAUGGACGUGGCUACCAGAGAGCCGUAAACGGUUGCAGCAUCUGUCGCUGCAAUGACUAUGCUGCCGACCUUGGUAAGUCUUGGGCUCUGCAAGGUUUGCCCUGCAACGAAAUCGCAGAAGAAACGUACUCCUUCAGAUACAACUACACAGCUGCCACUCUACGCUGUAGCUGCCACAAUGCCGUGGAGCAAGGAGCUAUUCUUGGGCACUCCUACUGCUGUCCUAUUGGUGUCAGAUCUGCAGCUCAACCCCGAGCGUUCAACUUCAACUUUGCCGCAGCUCCAGUGAAGCGGUUUGAUCCUAGCAUCAUCACGACCCGCAAGAACUUCCGGUCAACUUGGCUACUCGACGAUGAGCUUGUGUCAGAUGCAGCUGGUAAUGCUAUUCUGACACCGAAGAGUGUUCCGCAGUCACUGACGUCCUACCACAUCUUCAUGACGGCCGUACACGAUCAAAACGGAUUCGGUAUGGGAUCUGAUCUCCUGACAGUCAGUCGUCAGCUCCAGGUGACAACCACUUGCCCAAAGACUGUUCGCCUCAACGAGGACUUCAACGUGCGCUGCACAAUCAGGAACUUCUACCAGGCGUCCCGCACGGUUAAAUUGACGAUUGACAUCAGUUCUGAACUCUGCCCUGUCUCAAAUCGCGGCGAAGUCGUCAUUGGCACAUUUGAAAUGGCCGGAGAGUCAGUGCAGGCUCAGAACAUCAUUGUCAAGGCUUUGGAGCAGACCACUAACGGCCCAGCCAGGGUCAAGUGCCAGAUACUGUCUACGCAUGAAGGAGAUGCAGAUGAAAGGGAAGUCUUCGUUGAGGCUGAAGGCGAGGAGGCCCAUGCGUCUGUGAACAUUCCACUUAAUCCCGAUGGCGAUGUCAAAUGUCCGGAGGGGAUUUGCCAGAAUGGAGGAACGCCGCACGAAGGAGUCCUGUGCUGUUACUGCGAGUGCCCGCCAUCUCACACCGGACAGAACUGCACAGAGCGUGUCUUGCCUCAGCAGGGUGAACCUGUGCAUUCCGUACGUGUGACUCCGAGGAUUGUCUUCCUCGAGCGAGAGGAUGACCUAAUUUUGAAAUGCACUGCUGAGUCUCUUCUGGUAAACUCGCCUAUCGAUGACACCGCCACAUACCUCUGGGUCCGCAGGAGCGGUAGAGAGGUGCGGGGAUCCCUGGAGAAGCGCACUAGUCCAAUGCUCCGAGUGAAUUCGAUUCAAGCAUCCGAACAGGAUGACUACAUUUGUGAAGUAACAUGGAGAGGACUGAUCGCGACGGAUUCCUCUAAAGUCAUCGUCGGAUCCCACUGCCCGUACAAAGGUGCCGUCAGUGACAAUCCCUGUGCUCUCCGCUUCUUCAAGCCGGGCAACCCCAUUCCAUCACUUGUGGAAAUGGUGAGAAAUCCAGCAGCGCAGGAGGAAGAGAUCGUUGUCGACAUCUCCCCUCCCGCGACAGCUACUCCCAACUCCAUGCUGUGUAGAGUAUUAAUUCGAGGACAAUACCAGAUGCCUUUGCCUCCCUUAGACCUGCUGGAACCAAGUACUAUCCAAGACAUGGUCAGAAUGCCAACUGGCUGCGGCGAACAGAUGAUGAUGUCCUUAGCACCACUUGUAUACGCUAUGAACUACAUGGAUGACGAUGGCUUUUUAAGUGGCAAGGACGAUUUGAGAACCGACGGAAAGUACUACAUCAAUGAAGCUGUGAAGGCGAUGGGUGGGAAAAGGACUGGUAAAUGCUACUCUGUAUGGAAGGGUGGAAAGCCAAGUGUUUGGCUCGGAGCAUUCAUAGUGCGGACAAUCUGUUUGGCUAAGCGUUGGGACGUUCCCAAGGAUUUUAAGAGCUUUGUGGACUCAGUAGAUUGCAUCCUGAAACAGCAGAACGCAGAUGGAAGUUAUGUGGAAACUGCACGGGUCUAUCACAAGGACAUGACAGGAGGAACUCAACUGAAUGCCCGUUCGCCAAUGACGGCCUUUGCCCUGUUGACACUGAUUGACUGUAGCAAUGAGUAUUCCGCUUUCACUUUUGGCACGGAGAUCCAAGCCGCAGUAGGGUAUCUCAAGACGUCUUUCAAUGACGUCCUUAACGGCGAUAGUAACUUCCAGCUUGCUCUCUUGACAUAUGCGCUCAGCAAAACAGAUGAGACCGAUCUUGCCAGACAAGGUGUGGCUAAACUUCUUGAAAGAGCCACCAAAGAUGUUGUCGGCAUAUACUGGGAGCAGGCGGCUAAUGACAAAAUUCGCUAUGACGUCAGACCAAAGGCGCUAACUAUUGAGACCACUGCCUAUGUUCUGCUGGCCCUGUCGACACUUGGCAUGCGAGCGGAGGCUCAGCCGGUUGUCGAUUACCUGGCGCAGAACUACAAUCCACGCGGUGGUUUCGCAAACACUCAGGAAACUACCGUAGCGAUUCAAUCGAUGAUUGAGUUUGCCAAAAUCAACGAGGAGAGUCCCGCAACAGAUUUCUCUGUUGAAGUGCAAACUCCCACGGCCAGUGGCUACUCACGGCUCGACGACAGGAUAGUGAACAAUGAGAACUACAACAUACGGCAAACCAUUCAUAUUCCACGAGGUGACAUUCCAAGAGUUCGUCUCCUUACACGUGGAACAGGACGUGGCAUUGCACAGGUGGCAUGCGACUACCGUGUUUUGGAAACCUGUGACAAAUGUCCUUUUGUUGUGAACAUCACGCAUGUUGAAGUCCGUAAGCCGGGAAGCAACGAGAACACCUUGAGUGUUACUGUUUCUGUCACAUGGGAGCCAGAUUAUCCCUACAUAGACCAAAAUACGAUGUUCAUCGUGCACCUGGAUUUCUUCACCGGUUAUGAGAUUACUUCUGCAUCAAAGAAAACGGUGAAGGAUGUCCACGGAGUGGAAGAAGUCGAGCAGCGUAGUCAGAGUGUCGUUGUCUACAUCAAGAAUAUCCCAGCUUCGGACGAGGAACCUCUCAAUCUCAUAUUCAUUGCCACAAGAGAGGCAUCUUUCAAAGAAAUGGACUCGGUGCCGGCAGUUGUGCGAGUGUAUGAUUACUAUGACCCAGAUAAGAGAUGUGAGUUGUUCUAUGCCCGAAAGAACGAGACAACGCUGCCAGAGAGUGUGUGUACUGAAGAGAAUGCUCUAGCGCCGGGACUGGACGAUGAAGAUGGCAGCAAGGCUGGGCGCUGCGCCUGUGUCUCCAGAAAAUGUCCAGAGUGCGGCGAGGCUAUUUGCCAACUCGCAGAAUACUUUGACGGAAACUACACUGAAGUACGCCUCUGGAGAGAAAAGAAAAAUCGGGACACCCCGGAUCCGUGUGUCUUCCCGGGCAAGUCCAAGAGGCACAGGAAGCCCAUACCAUUCGUCGAUAACAUGUGCACGCUUCAUCGGGAGAUAGACAAUUGGAUUCAGGGCCUGCAGAAGUUUUCUUGCGAGGAUGUCGAUUAUGUGUACUUGGUGGUGCUGAGGGGUGUUUCCAGUACACCAGGCAGCAUGUGGUGGAAGCUCAACGUCCGCUUGAUCAAAAUCUACAAGAACGGCGCACGGAAGUUCAACAAUGGCCCCGACGGAGAGGUGAUACGCACGCCAUUGACAAUGUACGCUAGCAAAAUGUGCAGUCUAUGCAACGAUGCACUCUUCACGCAGAAGAGAAUGAAGAAACUCAGAUUCCUAAUGUUCGGCAAAGAUUCUAAUCCGCUUGUUCUGGAGAAGGGAUCUCGCAUAAUGCCCUUUCCCAAUGAGGAUUGCCAGGUGAGCUCUCGCCUGCACAACUUCCUCGAAGCCCUGAGAAACCAGGGUCUGUGCGGCUAACCUAUGGUGCAACUUCUGAACAUUUUCAUACUAGUAAUUAUUCCUCACAGCAUUGCUAUAGUUAUAUGUAUACCGGCAUCGGGAUCAUGGUAUUAGAGGUGAUUGUGCAUACUCUCUACUUUGUGUGAUUUCGGUGCUGCACACAUUUCCACUUGAUCUACACCUUCUGCUGCUACUGCUACGACUGCAAGGCGUUAUAGCAUCAUUCUUCCACACUCCAGCUUUCCAUGACCAUGCAUGCACGGUGUUCUCCUGGGUGCUCUCAGUUAACUGAGUGCGCCAAGCGAUUGCUCAAUCACUUGCUUUCUCUCCAGUCAGAUUUGGAUUAACAAUAACCAUUGGCUCUCGUCUUUGAA